GGAAAGAAGGAGCCUGCAAGGGCUUGAGGAAAAGGGGCCCGGGUCUCCCCUGGGGAGCGGGCCUGCCUUGCCAUUGGGGUGGAAGGAUCCUGAAGGGACUUGUUGCAUGGAGAGGAGCUUUUUUUUGGGGGGGGGGUGCCAGUCCAGACUUCCCCUGGAACUCUUCCCUAAACUGGACAGAAGGGUGAUGGUGGGUGGGUGCCCCAUAGGAAAGGUAAUCCUUCUGGGCUGUGGAAAGGAGAAAGGAGGGAGAACCUCAUCCAGGUGUCGCAGUGGUUGGAGCCAGGUGCGGGGAGAAGGGAGAGGGAUCUGCAGAGAAGCAGGCCUGGGAUUGCCUUGCACCGGGCGGAGAGUCCUGGCAGUCACUAAUCAAUGAGGAGAAGCUUCUUGGUUGGGUCCACUGGAAGGAGUCUUGCAGGCCAUCUUGUCAACUCUUUGCUCAUUCUGGGAUGGGCCAGGCCACAUCUCCUCUGACGCUUAGAUGGGGGGGGCAGUGGUUCCUACCGUCUGGCAAAUUGAGGUCUGUUGGACAAGAGAAGAGAGCAGGCAGAAGAAGCUGGUGAUAGGUGGGACCAGCCGUGUUGAGGGGAGAUCUGCAAGCAGGGAAGCUGGUCGGGGCUCUAGAGGGUAGCAAGAAACGGCUGGCGGUUAGUUCCUUUUUCGGUCUAGAACUGCAGGGUCAAGACCAAGCCAGCAGAACCACAGGUUCAACAGAAAUCCACAUGUUGGCUGCUAGAUCUGGAACACUGUAGGCCAAAAAGAGAGUAAUUUUUCAGACUCUUUGAUCAGGAAAAAGGCCUCUACAAACACAUGCUCAAAGCAGGGAGACGGAUCUUUGAACAUAGAUGGGCCUGCAGGUCUCCAUGAGGAACUGAGUGAUUUGUAAUGAGGCAGGUUGGGAUUUGGGAGAAGAGAUGGUGGUCCUUCAAUACUGGGAUGCCUGCUUGUAGGUACUGAUGUGGGAAAGCAUGGGGGGGUAGAGAGGGAGGGGAUGCACUGCUUGAGUGAGGCUAAGCCUUGCUUUGUGCCCCAGACAAGCAAGGAGCGUUCGGCUGUUCGAAGGUAGCAGGACUGGACGAACUCCCACCGCCCCUCACCCUUGGCUACGCUGGAUAAAGCUGUUAUUGGCCGUUUUCUGAAUGGAUUCCAGUGAAUUUCCUGGCUCCUUGGGGCCUCUGUCUCUGCCUGAUAAGCCCCUGAUUGGUGAUCUCCCUGCAGAGAUGGAGUUUGGUGAGGAUCUUCUGGCCUCCCAGACAGCAUCGAUCCCACAAGGCUCAGCUCUCCCGAGCCAAGAGAUGGAGUGGGAAGAGCCCAAGAGAGCCCCUUCGGAGGGAGACGUGGAUCUCGCCUUGGCGAAAGCCGACGAGCUAAGGAAGCCUGACAGCCUGGCCCUGGACAAGCCUGGCGCCCUGGAUGUUUCGGAGAAGCCCAGCCUCCUGGAGCACGUGGACAAAGAGGAGGAUGUGGUGAUUUUGGAGAAGGCUGAGAACGUGGAUAGCCUGUACCAGGCCCAUGGUUCUGAGGACCCGGAGGCUGGGCCUGGGGACCCAGCUGCAUCCGGAACAGAAGCUCUUGUGCCGGAAACGUGGGCGGAGGAAAGUGCACCAAAAACAGACUCUGGGGGCCCUAAAGAGGACGGGGCCCCGAGCACAGCCUCCCUCCCGGACAGCCACGUGGUGGAGUCCCCAGACGUGGUGGAGGUGAGCAGCACGCCCCCUUUGCAAGAAGCGGCGGCAGCAGCGGCGGCGGCCUCGCCCAGCAGUUCACCAACAGGCCAGCGGCCAGCUAAGAAAGUUCGCUUGAAAUCUCCCAGGAAGAGCUCCCCAGUGCGGAAGGACGAAGAGGCGGCAUCCUCGGAGGAAGGGAACGAGGCGGCCUGCAAUAGCAUUCCCAGUGCCACGCCGGGGACGGGGAGUCCCGCGGAGGCCGAGAAGGAGGGCUCCGACUCCCUUUCGAAGGAGCCGGCCAAGUCUAAAGCACAAGAGACUGAGCCACCAGCCCCCGUUCCAGGGGAAGGCCCUGACGCCAAGGGGAACGAGCAGCCGGUGGUAAAGGAGCCGAAGAGGAGCGAGCGGGCCAGGAGAGCAGAGGUGAACCGGCCAGAGAUCGUGAACUCCUCAGAGAGCAUUCCUGUCUCUGAUGAGGAUUCCGAUGCGAUGGUGGAUGACCCCAACGACGAGGACUUUGUUCCUUCCCGCACGCCCCGCCGCACGACCCGCAUGUCUCUGCGCAACCAGAUGGCGCAACGAGCCGCCCGCUCCACCGUCGCCAAGAUGACGUGUGCCAACUGCCGGACCCCCCUGCAGAAGGGCCAGACCGCCUACCAGCGCAAGGGGCUCCCCCAGCUCUUCUGCUCCAGCUCUUGCCUCACCACUUACUCCAAGAGGCCGCUCAGCAAGAAGACCUGCACCUUUUGCAAAAAGGAGAUCUGGAACACCAAGGACUCCGUGGUGGCCCAAGUGGGCUCGGGCAGCUCUUUCCACGAAUUCUGCUCGUCCGCCUGCCUCUCGCUCUACGAAGCCCAGCAACAGAAGCCGGCCCCGCAGGCCGCAGAGGCCACAGACACAAUCCGCUGCAGCGUGUGCUACAAAGCUGGAGAGAUCCAGCACGAGGUCAGCAACGGGAACGUGGUCCACCGGCUCUGCAGCGACGCCUGUUUCACCAAGUUCCGGGCCACCAAGGGGCUGAAGACCAACUGUUGCGACCAGUGCGGUCUCUACCUGUACAACAAGGGGCUGCCGCUGGAGUACCUCUUCCACGAGGGCCAGCAGAAGCGCUUCUGCAACACCACCUGCCUCAACAACUACAAGAAGAAAAACACUCGGGUCUACCAGUGCAUGUGGUGCAAGACCCUUUGCAAGAACUUCGACAUGAUGUCCCACAAAGACCGGAACGGCAAGUUGAGCCUCUUCUGCUCUGUUUGCUGCACCACCUCAUUCAAAGUCAAGCAGGCCGGCCUGACAGGUAAAGGGGCAGCUCUCUCCUUCUGCCGGAAGACCAUCACCGAGAUCUCCUACUACAACAAGAACGAGCAGGUGGUGUACCAGUUCUGCAGCCCCAGCUGCUGGACCAAAUUCCAGCGCACCAGCCCAGAAGGUGGCGUCCACCUGACAUGCCAUUCCUGCCACAGCCUCUUCACCGAGAAGCCCGAGAUCCUGGAUUGGCAGGACAAGGUCUACCAGUUCUGCUGCCGGGACUGCUGCGAGGACUUCAAGCGGCUGCGAGGGGUGGUCUCCCAGUGCGAAUACUGCAAGCAGGAGAAGCUGCUCCACGAGAAGAUCCGCUUCUCCGGGGUGGAGAAGAACUUCUGCAGUGAAGGUUGCGUGCUCUUAUACAAGCAGGACUUCACGAAGAACCUGGGACUUUGCUGCAUCACCUGCACCUACUGCUCGCAGACGUGCCAGCGGGCCGUGACGGAGCAGCUUGAGGGCAGCACCUGGGACUUCUGCAGCGAAGACUGCAAGAGCAAAUACCUGCUCUGGUACUACAAGGCGGCCCGAUGCCACGCCUGCAAACGCCAGGGGAAGCUGCUGGAAACCAUCCAUUGGCGAGGACAAAUCAAACACUUCUGCAACCAGCAGUGUCUGCUCCGGUUCUACAACCAACAGAACCAGCCCAACCUGGACACCCAGAAGGGGCCCGAGAGCCUCCUGAACAGUCAGAACCCGGAGCCCAAGCAGCCGUCCUCAGCGCCCCAGAAAGCAGAGACCAACACGGUGCCUGCCAAGAACAGCUCUGCCUCAACAACCCCAGCUGCUGCUGCCCCUCCUGCGCCGUCUCAGCCGGCCACCCCGCGCAAGAACAAGGCCGCCAUGUGCAAGCCCCUGAUGCAGAACCGGGGGGUUUCCUGCAAGAUCGAAAUGAAGUCCAAGGGAUGUCAGACAGAGGACGACUGGAAGCCCCAGGUGGUGGUGCUGCCGAUCCCUGUGCCCAUCUUUGUGCCUGUGCCGAUGAACAUGUACUGCCAGAAGGUCCCUGUGCCUUUCUCCAUGCCCGUCCCGGUCCCUGUGCCAAUGUUCUUGCCCACCACCCUGGAGAGCACGGAGAAGAUCGUGGAGACCAUCGAGGAGCUGAAGGUGAAAAUCCCCUCCAAUCCCCUGGAGGCCGACAUCCUCGCCAUGGCGGAAAUGAUUGCGGAAGCCGAGGAGCUGGACAAAGCCUCGUCGGACCUUUGCGACCUGGUGAGCAAUCAGAGUGCCGAAGGCCUCCUGGAGGACUGCGACCUCUUCGGGCCGGCCCGAGACGAUGUGCUGGCCAUGGCCGUGAAGAUGGCAAACGUCCUGGAUGAGCCGGGCCAGGAUUUGGAAGCCGACUUUCCCAAAAACCCCUUGGACAUCAACCCCAGCGUGGACUUCCUCUUCGACUGUGGCCUGGUGGGCCCGGAAGACGUCUCCGCUGACCAAGACUUGCCUCGAGCCAUCCGCAAGGGCCAGAAGCGCCUGGUGCUCUCGGAGAGCUGCUCGCGGGACUCCAUGAGCAGCCAGCCCACCUGCACCGCCCUCAACUACUCCUACGGCGUGAACGCCUGGAAGAGCUGGGUGCAGGCCAAGUAUGCCGGCGGGGAAACCAGCAAGGGGGACGAGCUGCGCUUCGGCCCCAAGCCCAUGCGCAUCAAAGAGGACAUCCUGGCGUGCACGGCCGCAGAGCUGAAUUACGGGCUGGCCCAGUUUGUCAAAGAGAUCACUCGGCCCAACGGGGAGCGCUACGAGCCGGACAGCAUCUAUUACCUCUGCCUUGGCAUACAGCAGUAUCUGCUGGAGAACAACCGGAUGGUGAACAUCUUCACGGACCUCUACUAUCUGACCUUUGUCCAGGAGCUCAACAAGACGCUGAGCGGCUGGCAGCCUACGAUCCUGCCUAAUAGCGCGGUCUUCUCCCGGGUGGAAGAGGAGCACCUCUGGGAGUGCAAGCAGCUGGGCGUCUACUCCCCCUUCGUGCUCCUCAACACCCUCAUGUUCUUCAACACCAAGUUCUUUGGGCUGCAGACGGCAGAGGAGCACAUGCAGCUCUCCUUCACCAACGUCGUGCGGCAGUCCCGCAAGUGCACCACCCCGCGCGGCACCACCAAGGUGGUGAGCAUCCGCUACUAUGCUCCCCUGCGGCACCGGAAGGCGCGAGGUAGGGCGGGAUUCUUUCCUGCCCCUCCCUGGAGGCGGCUUCCCAUCUGGGGCCCGGCCCGGCCUGGCCCUGCAGAGCUCCUGCAAGCAGGCGAGGUCAAGGGCGGGGGAGCCGUUCUCAGACCUCCCUGCCCUCCUCUCUCGGCUGCCGCCUGGGCACUGAAUCCGAGGUGGCUGGCGAGAGGCGGCGGAGCCCUCCUCCCUGCCCGAGGCGUGUGUGUGUGUGUGUGUGUGUGUGUGUCCCAGCCCCAGCCUCAUCGUCUUCCUCCUUCCUUCCUUCCUUCCUUCCUUCCUUCCUUCCAUCUCGCCCAAAGCCCCGAGAGUCUUCGCAGCCGGAACGACGUCUUCUACUUGCAGCCGGAGCGGUCGUGCAUCGCGGAGUCGCCCCUGUGGUACUCGGUGAUCCCGAUGGACAAGAGCAUGCUGGAGAGCAUGCUGAACCGGAUUCUGGCCGUGCGCGAGAUCUACGAGGAGCACAGCCGCGGGGGUGGGGGGCUGGACGACGACAUGGACUGAGCGCUGCUCUGGCCUUCCCGGAGCGGAGACUGUGCGGCUGUGUCGCAAUCCUGCCGGCAGGUCAUUGGGGGACAUCUGGGGGGUGGGGGGGCCGAGGAAGGGGCGGAGAGAGUGUGGGGCACCUUGCCCCUUCCCCAUCCGGGUUGUGAUGAGCCCGUAGGACUCUUCCCACUAUGCGCUAGUGAACGGUUCCCCCGAGAGGAGGUUCCCCCCCCCACUGGGCACCCUUCUCCCUCUCUUUGUUGCUGCCUCGGAGUGCCUGCCUGCCUGCUUGCCCCCCCACCCCACCCCCUCUGGCCCACGUAGCACAAGACGGAUGAGGCCAGGCUGGGGAAGCAUAGCGGGAGGCUCUUUUUUGAGGGGGGGAAGGAGAGAGAUGGCAGAGGUUCUGUAGCAGGGGCCGAGGGGGUCCCUUUCGGUGGGCUGAAGCCCCUUCGGGAUUGACAUAAUGCGUGGGAAGGGGGGCCCAUUGUGCGCAUGUCCUCCUGCGUGGGGCUCCUGCAGGGCCCCCCCUCUGCCCCACCUGCGCUCUUUCCUUGGGGAGGCCCUCUUUCCUUGACCCCAAUGGUUGGUGUCCUUUCUUCUAUCUCCUCCCUUGCAGGUUGGGGAUGGCAGGGCGGGCUCCGAAAGACCCACCGGGAGCCUCUUCCGCCCGGCUUCCCUGACGCCCUGCCUGGCCACCCCAGGCUCUCGCUCUCUCUGCCACCCGGGGCCAGAGGUCCUCCGGCAUCUCCCCUCUGCCAUCCCCGUCUGUGUGUGUUGCGUCAACCUCUCCGCGCUGUGGCUGCUGGUGGUGGUGGUGGUGCUGGUGGUGCCCGUCUUAUUGAGCCUGUAUAUAUUGUUCUGGCCCAAGCCCCCCCCCAAUCCCCGUUGUGUCCUUGUCGCCAGUGAGCCAGUUUGCGGGUCUUGUCGUUUGUAGUGAUACUGGGGCGUUAGGACCCGCCCUCGCCGCCCCACCUCCCUUGCUGACCCAUCUUUCGGGAAAUCAUGCAUUUCAAAUAAAGGCACAAAACCUG